AUGGCCUUCUUCUCGGCAGUGUCGAGCUCCAUCGGCAAGAAGCUCCUUCUAUAUGGGCUCCGCCACAUCGACAUUCUCGACAAGGAUCCCGCCGAGUUUGUGAGCGUCGACGUUGGCAAGAGGACCACGCUCGAGGUUAAGGAUGUUGGACUGCACGUCAAGAAACUCAUAGCCCUGUUGCACCUCAAGCUUCCACCUGAGAUUGUCCUGUCAGCAGCCAAAGCAUCUCUCCUCCGCGUCACCUUUGUCCUCGAGUUCGGCGUCCCACAAAUAUCGAUAGAGGUUGAUGGUAUACAGAUGAAGGCCAGUCUGGUCGCGGAUGUCGAAGAUGCCGCAGCUGAGCAGGCCAGCGAGCGUUCGUUACCUCGAACGCGGUCGUUUCCCCCUCAACACGACCCGAACAAUUCGUUUUUGGAUGCGGAAGAACACGUGCCGACCGUAGACGAGCUCGCGAAGUCUUUCAUCCAGGAAGAACCUGCUGAAGAAAUACGUGAGCUCGCACACGAACUGGAAUCCCAACCGAGCUACCUUCAAGAGUCUAUAGCUGCAAGCGAUGACGGUGAAGAAGAGAGUACAGCCGGUGUAGGCGCGCCGCUUGCGCUUCCAGCCUACUUGCGAAAUGUCCUGAACACCGCGCUUGAUCGACUGAGUAUUGUGGUCAAUGACAUCGAUGUCGAAGUUGAAGAUCAGACAUUAGCCGAGCCGUCGGUACCUUCUAAAAGCAGCGAAGCAUCCCUACGCUCCCUAAAUUUCCACAUAGAACGCGUAGGCAUCGAUUCUAUAACGUCUGAAGAACCUGAUAUCAAAAUCGGCUCAGCCUCGACGCCACAGGCUACUUAUUCCAAACUUGGGAAGCGGCGAUUGCGUAUCGAAAACAUAUGCGCCAGGCUCGUAUCAGAUGUUGACGGUUUGGUUUCCACGUCGCAGAACUCGCAACCAUCAUCACCCAAGGCCUCGCACCACUCUGAGGCCUCGACCGGGCAAAAUUCGUACCAUGAGCAGUCUACAAGUCCGAUACUCGUGCACAGUGACCCGGGAACAUUGUCGCUCCAUGAUAAGCAAGCUUUCCCUGUAAUUUUGCAGGGACCUACUACGGCAUCCGUGGAUUCCUUGAUUGAACAGCCGAGAAGCAAUGCUAGUACACCGGUUGCUGAAUCUCUUACCGAAGACUCUCCUCUUGUAGCUUCUGUAGCGACAGUAGAUGAUGAUCGGUUUGCCGAUGCUUCAUCCGAUGAUGGGUUAAACGAAGGUAGUCAAGAGGGUGAAUCAAGUCAAUCUCCACACGAUCCUCCUUCACAAGAGCUGAGUGGGAGCAGUAUCUUGUACGAUGAUGAAGGAAUAUUGGGUUAUGCUAUACAACACGACAUGCUCAAUUCGAGGUUCGAUGACGAUCCGGAGGCCGACAUAUACGAUGAUGAAGAACGCUUAGCUGAACUUCAUGAAUCUACUUCAAAUAGAGGUUUUGAGGCUUCCCCACCAGCGAACGAAGCUUCUACGCCUGCUUUACCGACUGUAUCUGGGCUGGGGGUGUCCUUCACACGACUAGAGACCACAAACUCGCCAUCACAUUCUCUAGAGCAUGGUUCGCUCCGGCGCUCCGGCGACAGCCUGGAGCUGCCUAGUCAGUCGUUUGUGGAAGAGCAUAAGAGCUGUAGCAGCAGCGUGCACUCGUCCGCACCUGACCUGGAGAAUGUUGACGAUCUCUCGGAGUCAACCCUCUCCUCUCCCGGCGCAUCUGAGAGUAUGUAUAUGAGCGCUGUAAGCGCAACACCGGUAACAUAUUCACAACGACACAUUCCAGGGGGCUGGGACUCAUUAUCCGCGUCAAGUCGUGAUACUGGAUCAGAUAGGUCAGGAUCCAUUCCUGAAGAGAUGAUUUCAGGCAGUAUCUUACAGCCACUUCCUGACGUGGAUGACGGCUGCGAGACUCCAAGGCCCGGUAGUCGCCAGAGCACAACUGCGACCACUCCGCAUUCGAACACAACCCAAACAUCAAGGUUUGACAUCAGCACUGCCGACACUCAAGCGAAGGUCUUCUUGAUGAUUGAUGAAAUCACCGUUUGGUUCCCAUUAGGACUUGACAAGGGACAAGCAUCAGACUCAGGUACAAGUGCUAGAUCAGCCCUUGAUGCUUCGAGCGUAGACUUUACCCCAACAAAUCUAGGAGAGGACUCAAUCUUUGCUGAGAUGCCUGGAUCGUUUUCGAACUAUGCGCACUCCACAUCGACCCGCCGCACAGGUUCGAUGGCAGAAACGUUGCGAAGGCCUCAAUCCAAGCCCAAACCUAUUCACUCAAACGAGCAACCCAAACCAUCCUUGCCAAAUGUUGUUGUUGAAGUCGGUUCGAUGGUUGGCCAUCUCGACUUUUCUACUGGCCGUAUUAUGCUCGAUCUGCUCAAUCGAGUACUGAAGGCCUUGGCAGAUGAACUUCAACAAGGAGAACAGCCAAUUCCAUCCCCAGAAGCUACACAUGACAAAGCUUCAGAUACCCUUGAGGUUACAGUCCAGCAUAUCGGCCUGGCGUGGCUAGAAACUAUGCCAGCUGAGUCGAUGUCCAAGGGACGCAACACGAGUUGCAUGCUUGACUUGAAACCAAAUGAUGCUCUUCUGAGAGUCAACCUCUCGGCACUUCGCACGACAAGUCGCAGCAGUGCUGGAACGACGCGCACAAAGCUGCAAAUUGAGAAAUUCGCUCUGACCUCCCUUGGUUCAGAUAUCAUCUCCUUCCGUAGUGCACGACCUCGGUCCAAACGCUCAGUUAGCAAUCUUUCGGAGCAACUCAACAACGACGUCGAGAUUGACUACGAGCAAGGUUCGGAAAAACGAGUUACUAUUGUCACGCGACCGAUCAAGUUUACCUUCGACGUUCAGCAACUCGAUGAUGCACUCAGCUCUUUUGGUGGAUUCAGUGGUGUCCUGGAACUCGGUAACUCGAUCAACUCGAACAACGCUUUCAAUAGCCCAAUCUUGUCUCCAGCACAACACAGACCACGCGGUGUGCAUUUCGGUGACUCACCAGCAGUCUCUGAACCACAAGUUAAAGCGUCGAGUAUGCCAAAGAUCCAAAUACAACUCGGUGAGGUGACGUUCCUGCUCAAAGGCCACAGUUGUGCUGUAAAUCUUCAGACGACGACUGUACGCAUUGCAGUCCGUCAAAGCAACGUCCGCCUGAAGGUAUCUGAAGUGCACAUAUCAGGGCCCUAUUUAGACGCAGCUCAGAAAGGCGCAUCCUUAUUGGUCGAUAUCCAGGGAACCACUGCGAAUUUUCUAUUCGCACCCGAAGAGACUGAUCUUGCAAGGCUGAUCUCCUUGAUCACCCCGUCAAAAGACCCAUACGAGAACAACGAAGACAUCUUGAUCGACACUUUACUCCGACAACGACGCAAAGGUUCCGUUCUGAGAGUUGAGGUCAGCAGCCUAGGCGUUCGAGUGUCUGACCUCGAACAGAUGCGCGCCUUCGAGGCGCUUGGAGCAGAGCUUGCUCGGUUGUCCAAAGUCACAAAAUACUUGCCAGAGGACGAUCGUCCUGGACUACUCACGCUGACAUCUGUGCGCCAAUUGGAUGUUGGUGUUGCGAUUAACGAAAAACUGGGCGAUAUUGCGGUUGCUGCGCAGAAUGCUUCUGUCGCACAUGUCGGCUUUCCUGCCUUGUUCGCGGUAGAAGUUGGCACUGCCUCGUUGAGACGAAAAGACGAGGUAUUGAUUCAUGAGGUAGUCAGGCUGCGGCCGCAAGACCAACUACCCAUGAUCAUGGUCAGGAUAGUUGGCGAUGAGCUGGAGCCUGUGGUUAAGGCAAAGCUUUUCAAUCUCUGUGCCGAGUACAGAGUAUCGACUGUUAUGGCCGCGCUUGGCAUCGGCGAGGAUGGCACGGUCGAAGACAUUGCUGUAGGCAUUGCAUCGAGCGUAGCAACCAUCACAAGGUCCAAGUCACCAAAACCCAUAAGCCGACAGUUGUCCCAAGCAAGCUCUCCCUCAGGCCCUAUUGGAAAGCCUUUACAAGUUGAUUUGCUGCUCAGAAGCUGCGCAAUUGGCCUGAACCCUCGGAAUAUAUCUUCCAAAGGUUUGUUCGUCUUGACUGAAGCUCACCUAGACGGCAAACAGGCGAAGGACGAUUACUCUGUAAAUUUAGAUCUGCGCAAAGCUUCGAUACACGCUAUCGACGACAUCGCCCGGUUAGAAGAGGAGCACGAAGAGGCAACAUCUCGCAGUACAACGCACGCGAAUCCUCAUUUGCAAGAGCUGAGCCGUAUGGGUUAUGUUUCGCUCAGCUCGAUCUCCGCCGCCAAGGUUCUUGUGAAUAUUGCAGGUGAUGGCAGAGAUGUACCGCAACUCGUCAACGUUGUGUUCAAGAAUGAACUCAUCGUGCUUGAGUCUUGCGCCGAUUCAACUCAGACGCUCAUCGAUGUUUUGAACGGUUUGCAGCCGCCAACUCCUCCAUCCACUGCUGAACGAUAUCGCACCGUGGUUCCGCUGCAAGAGAUGAUGGAAUCAUUUACGGGUGAUGCCAUGCCUGCUCAAACAGAAGCUGAAGAUGAUGACUUCAUGAGCAACGCAGACCUCGUCGAAGAUGAAGUACCCACGAACCUUGAGUUUGUAGGGAGCAUCUAUAGCCAAGAUUUGCCGACUAACGAAGAGAUGGGCGACAGUAUGCUAGAUGAAGACGACCUUGGGGCGUUAGCGACUUCACCUGUUGUACGAGAGCGAGGCGACCGAGGACUCCUUGAAAGCUUCCAGGAGCAGUACGAAGUGAACAAGGGCGAGGACGAUUUCGACUUCAGCACAGGCUACUUCAACGACUCAGACUCGGAACGCAAGGGCAAAGCUCGUAAAUGGGACUCAACGCAGAAUCAAUAUCACCUCACGAAUGAGUUCAAGACUCCAGACGCGCCUCUCACGGUUAGUGUCCGCGACGUGAAUAUUAUCUGGAACCUCUUCGAUGGGUAUGACUGGCCAAAGACCCGAAGCAUCAUCUCGCAAGCUGUGGACGAUGUUGAAGCCCGUGCCGAAGAGCGACGGCGGAAACCCAGAGACGAAGAUGAAGAUGACGACUUUGUUGAGGAAGACUUUCUCUUCAAUUCCGUCUGGAUUGGUGUCCCUAUCAAAGAGGAGAAGGGUACCCUCGCACGCCGCAUCAACCACGACAUCGAUGACCUUGUUAGCGAGACAGGCAGUUACGCUACUUCGACUGCUACCAGAUCAACUGGUGCAACCGCUCGCCCACGCAGUGAAACAACGUCUACUCGUCGUCGUCUGAAACUCGAGCGCAGCAAGCACAAGAAGAUCGCAUUUUCACUGAUGGGUGUUGCGGUUGACCUGGUUGUGUUCCCACCUGAUUCCGGUGAGACCCUGAACUCGAUCGAUGUGCGCGUUCAAGAUUUCGAGAUUUUCGAUCAUGUCCCAACCUCGACUUGGAAGAAGUUUAUUACAUGCGUGAUCCCACCCAGUCAACGAGAGUUGGAUCGGCCAAUGAUCAAUCUGAACCUCCUCACCGUCAAGCCUAUUACUGACCUUGCAGCUUCCGAGCUCGUUAUUAGAGUCUCCGUUCUUCCACUUCGUCUGCAUGUCGACCAAGAUGCUCUUGACUUUAUCACGCGCUUUUUUGAAUUCAAAAACGACUCGGACGAGACACCCACUGUACCCUCCGAACAGCCUUUUAUCCAACGUCUUGAAGUCAACGCCGUCCAGCUCAAGCUCGACUACAAACCUAAGCGUGUUGACUAUGGCGGGAUCCGCUCUGGCCACACCACCGAGUUCAUGAACUUCCUUAUACUCGACGGCUCAGACAUCACCCUCCGCCACGCCAUCGUCUACGGUAUAACUUCUUUCGAUAAGCUACACAAAACCCUCAACGAUGUCUGGAUGCCCGACGUACAACGCAAUCAAUUGCCUGGAGUUCUUUCGGGCCUCGCCGCUGUCCGUCCGCUUGUGAACGUCGGCUCCGGUGUUCGGGAUCUUGUAGUUGUGCCAAUGCGGGAGUACCAGAAAGAUGGCCGCAUAGUGCGAAGCUUGCAGAAAGGUGUCUACGCUUUUGCCAAAAACACUACCAGCGAAGUCGCCCGCCUUGGCGCGAAAGUCGCAAUAGGGACCCAAACUCUGCUCGAAGGCGCAGAAGCUUUCCUAAACCCGAACCAACCUACCUCUCCACACACAAGGUCUCCUCGCUCCCAGCACUUAGACUGGACAGGUUCUGACCCACCUUCGCCUAACGAAGAACCGCGCGCUGUAUCACACUAUGCAAACCAGCCUAUUGGUGUGCGCGCUGGCCUGCGCAGUGCAGCAAGACACCUGGAGCGCGACCUGCUGACUGCAAGGGAUGCCGUUAUUGCCAUUCCCGCCGAAGUCAUGGAGCAGGGUAGUGGUGUUGGUGUUGUAAGAGCACUGGCCAGACAUGCGCCAACUGUUAUUCUCAGGCCGGCGGUGGGCGCGACAAAGGCGUUGAGCAAUGCGUUGCUUGGCGUUGGGAAUGCUCUGGAUGAGACGAGUAGAAGGAAGAUUGAAGAUAAAUACAAGUCCUACUAA